AUGGACAUACCACCCACGACUCACACUGGCGCGCCAAAACGCAAGCGAGAAGUUUGUCCGGACUCGCAGAUCCCCUAUGCCGAAUUCAAAGAGUCAUUGACAAUGGACGAGGUACGCGAACAAUAUCCGGUGGCCGAUGAUACCUCAACCCGUGCUCAUCAAUCUGAUGUGGAACUGGAGAUCAACAAAUCUGCGAUGUGGGACUGGAAAUGUGUUCGCGCGGCUAUUCUGGCUAAGAUAACCGAAAGGGAUCCGGGCGUGGGCCACGAGGCACGCUGCAACAAUCUGGCCGGCGAACUCGAUUGGACAGUCAUCCACCUUGGCCCGCCGCUGACACCCUCACCUAGUGGGACAAUGGCCGCCACAAAUCUAACUUGGCCCCUGAUCAUCCCGAGCAUAUCGGACAAGGCGCCCGGGUUAUUGUCACAAGACCCAUGCACUCCCCCGGUUUCUCAGCAGGAACCACCACAGACACCCCUUGAAGGCACUAGCAACUUGUCGCAACCGGGAUUAUCUCUCAUUGUCACGAAGGACGUCACGAAGGAGGUGCCAGACCUGUCAUCUGGAACGGUUCAUCUAAAUCAACGCCUCGCUCGCGCACAUCAGAUCCACCCGGCCCGAGGCAUGAACCCAAUGAUCGAGGUCACGAUUAUGUACACGCUUUAUGUGCCUUUUGGGAAAGACACGCGCGGCCAAGUUUACUCGCAACUCUGGGAAACAAGUGAACCUCCGCGCACUAUCCGCUUGGGCCUGACUGAGUUGGACUUUAACGGAUUGAAGGAUAAGAUAUGGGAGCACUUGUCUGAAGAAAAUCGAAUCCAGCGGGUCGAUCUCGUGGCCAAAGCUAGCGACCGAGCCGACAGACUAAUUUGGAGCUUUACCGCGAAUUCAUCAAGCCAGGCCAAGGUGGUCAUUGAGGUGUGCAUGCCUCAGGAUUAUGAAGUUAUCACCCCCCUACCUCAGGAGACCGAAUGGUCUUAUUCAAGAGCCCCUGUGGUGGACGCCAACGGGUCUCCCCACGCGACUCGACCGAAGAAAGAAUUGCUUGAUCUAUCAAUUGAUGGAUUCCUCUCAUACUGCCGCAUCCCCCUGAAAGACAAGCGCGUGGAUCAGGUCAUCUACGACCAGCAGAUCUUGCACUGGACCUCCUUCAUAGGCCAAACUCACAAUUCACUCGAGGCACUUGGAUUUGGAUGGGGAGUCCGAGAUCUUAUCUUGCGCGGGCUCGAACGGGUCAAGAAAGAAUUGAAUAUAUAG